AUGACUAAAGUGAACCCUGUACAAAACAUGACUAAAGUGAACCCUGUACAAAACAUGACUAUAGUGAACCCUGUACAAAACAUGACUAAAGUGAACCCUGUACAAAACAUGACUAACGUGAACCCUGUACAAAACAUGACUAAAGUGAACCCUGUACAAAACAUGACUAAAGUGAACCCUGUACAAAACAUGAAUAAAGUGAACCCUGUACAAAACAUGACUAAAGUGAACCCUGUACAAAACAUGACUAAAGUGAACACUGUACAAAACAUGACUAAAGUGAACCCUGUACAAAACAUGACUAAAGUGAACACUGUACAAAACAUGACUAAAGUGAACCCUGUACAAAACAUGACUAAAGUGAACACUGUACAAAACAUGACUAAAGUGAACACUGUACAAAACAUGACUAACGUAAACCCUGUACAAAACAUGACUAAAGUGAACCCUGUACAAAACAUGACUAAAGUGAACACUGUACAAAACAUGAAUAAAGUGAACCCUGUACAAAACAUGACUAACGUAAACCCUGUACAAAACAUGACUAUAGUGAACCCUGUACAAAACAUGACUAAAGUGAACACUGUACAAAACAUGACUAAAGUGAACCCUGAAGAAAACAUGACUAACGUAAACCCGGUACAAAACAUGACUAAAGUGAACCCUGUACAAAACAUGACUAAAGUGAACACUGUACAAAACAUGAAUAAAGUGAACCCUGUACAAAACAUGACUAACGUAAACCCUGUACAAAACAUGACUAUAGUGAACCCUGUACAAAACAUGACUAAAGUGAACACUGUACAAAACAUGACUAAAGUGAACCCUGUACAAAACCUAAACUGA